AUGCCCGACGCCUUUGGCAUGCCAUUCAGGACAGAACAAUCAGCUCCAAGAUUCACCGACGACACUUGCAGAGUUUUUGCAUAUUUGCAAACCAUAGAUCAACUUGGACAAAAGCUCAAUUUGUCGGACAUUCAGCUCAUUCAGUAUGCUAUUAAGUAUAACUGGUCCACAGAUAAAUCGCUAUGGGCAGGAUGCCCCAAAGCCAAAGGAACAUCUUGGUUAGACUUUGCUAACGAAAUUUUGUGGUGUUAUCCAGAACAAGGCAUAGAUAAGUAUGUCCGACCCGACCCUCCGAAGUCUGAGAUAUCCGGACCCGACGGACCCGAUGAAUCUGAAGAUUAUGAAGUUUGGACGCUUCAAUCAGAAAGUCAUGAAGACACGCCCGUGCAAGAACUCAUUGCUCAUGAAGUAGAAGUAUCUGCAUCCGAAGAUUUUAAUGCAACAUCCAACGCCCCAGAGGAAGUCCGAGUCUCCGAAAUUUUGGACUUGACCUUCGGACAUGUUCAGCUACCAUCGGAACAAUUGGAUUCAUUUGUCAAAGUCAUUUAUACGGAGAUACUAACACCAGAAGUCAUAGAAACAGAGCUAACACAUCUAGGAGACGACGGACCCGAAAUACCUGAAACGUCGGCCGAAGAUUUGUCUGAAAUUUUGGACAUUGAUAUUGGAGCUUUAGAUCACGAACUCGUUUUACCUUCUUCAGAUAGCACUGACCAUCUUGUCCACGCCGCAGCAUUCAUCUUAUUACUCACUGGUUAUAUCACUUGGUCUAGGUAUCAUUUUGAAUUGUCGCACCCGAAAGUCCGCACGUCAAUACCCGAAACACCUGAAACACAUUCUCCCAUCAUUCCGAAGAUAUACCCUGUUCACCCGCAGUUUCCCGUCAUAGUUUCAUCCUCCCGUCACCCGUCGCAUCAGACCCAAAAUGUCCAAAAUUAUCAUCCGGUUUACCAAUGCUUUCAAUACCCUCAUCCAUCGCACUCCCAGAUCGCAUUUUACCAGUAUGAAAGCCAACGAUGUCUUUACCUUAGGAAAAAGCUAUAG